UAUUUGACCGCCAUAGCCGAACCCCAUUGAAGAUUUGAAGCUAUUCCAAACCCUCUAUCUAUUUCUCUCUCUAUAUAUCAACCUCACUUGCCCAUUUCGCCCACAUUUCCUUCUCUCUGCUAGUCCAAUUCAAGCUGUGGAGGUAUUUUUGUUAUCUGUUAUUCGAGUGGAAUUUACUAAUUUAGCUCCGGAAUUGAGCUCUGUUUUGGGUUUCAAGUGUUGGUUUCGUGGUAGUGUGAUGGACCCAAUUGCCGGAACCGUGCCCGGACUCGACGCGCUCCAUUUCUGCGAGGAAAUCCAGCGGCUCAUGACGGUGCCGCCGCCGCAGCAGGAGAACGCCAGCUCCUUCACGGCUCUUCUGGACCUCCCGCCGACUCAGGCCAUGGAGCUCCUCCACCUCUCGCAGGAGCCCGAGGCUAAUCUAGCGGCGGUACGUCCGGCGGCUGUCUCCGGUGAGCCGUCGUGCGUGCUUCCUUUCAAUUCCAGCCUCAUGUUUCCCAGCGACGCCGAGCUAAUCGAACGCGCCGCCAAGUUCUCGAUCUUCGGCGGCGGCGGCGAGCAGUCGCCGGUGGCGGCGAAUCCCGGAGUCGAUUUGGAGAGGGUGAAGAGCGAGCCGGCCGAGACCGAUUCGAACCCUAACUCGUCGCUGGAGACCAAGACGAACAACCUAAGGCCGUCGGCGAAGAGAAAAGAGAGAGAAAAGAAGGGCAAGGUGUCAGUGAAGAAGACCAAAAUCGAAGUCAAAGAAGACGCCGAUAAGGUUCCCUAUGUUCACGUCCGAGCUCGCCGUGGCCAAGCCACCGAUAGCCAUAGCUUAGCCGAAAGAGCGAGGAGAGAGAAAAUUAAUGCGAGAAUGAAGCUGCUACAGGAGCUGGUCCCAGGAUGCAAUAAGAUUUCAGGUACGGCCUUAGUUCUGGAUGAAAUUAUCAAUCAUGUGCAGUCCCUACAACGUCAAGUUGAGUUCUUAUCGAUGAGACUUGCGACAGUCGACCCAAGAAUCGACAGCAACCUUGAUCAUUUAUUGGCCCCUGAAAGUCUAUCCCUAAUGCAAAGUAACUUCUCCAAUAUGGCUCCACCCCUUAUGUGGCCUGAAUUUCCCAUCAGUGGGAACAGACAACAGUAUCAACAGCAAUGGCAUUUUGAUGCACUUCAUCAGCCAGGUUGGGGGAGGGAAGAAGAUAAUCAUACUUUCAAUACUCCAGAGGCAUUGCUCAUCAGUUGCAAUUCUUCGGCAAAUUCAGCAUCUCUGCACACAGGUCAUGUGAAGACGGAGCUGUGAAGACAGUAAUCAAGAUGUACCGUUAGAAGUGUACAUAUGAAGUAUAGUAUUAGCAGUUAGCUGGAAGUAGAGGAGAUUGUUCAACAUUCGUGGUGGAUUUCUGUGUUCUCUAUUUUGUCAAGGGCAGUUAAAAUCCUGGUUAUCCUCACCUAUAGAGGUGAUAGAUUUGGUAUGGUGUUAUUAUAAGAUAGAACAAUAGUAUCAUAUUAUAUAUAUUAUACUAACUUUGAGGGUCACUCAAAUCUGAUACUUAUUUUUUGAACUGGUUGAUUUGAUUCCUGUUGUAAAAUCAUUGAAAGAACCAUUUGGUCUACUAUGAUUUAACCUCGAUCUAUUCACUUUC